CAAAACUUCCCUUCAUAUCAUUAAUUAAUAUACGCUAUAAGUGUUCUCUGCAUUAUUUUCUCUUCAACAACAUACAUAGAAAAAUAUGUGGAAGCUAAAGAUAGCAGAGGAUGGACCUUGGCUGACGACGGUGAACAAUCACAUCGGACGUCAACACUGGGAAUUUGAUCCAGAGGCUGGAACUCCGGAAGAACGUGAAGAAGUGGAAAGGCUCCGCCAGGAAUUUAAGAAGAAUCGAUUUAAGGUGAAACAGAGUGCAGAUCUCUUGAUGAGAAUGCAGCUUACCAAAGAAAAUCCUUGUGGACCAAUUCCACCCGCAGUGAAAGUGAAUGAAACAGAAGUUGUAACAGACGAAGCAGUGACAACUACCCUAAGAAGGGCCAUCAGUUUCUAUUCCUCCAUCCAGGCCCAUGACGGCCAUUGGCCUGCUGAAUCUGCUGGCCCUUUGUUCUUCCUUCCUCCCCUGGUAAUGGCACUAUAUAUUACUGGGUCACUUAAUGUGGUUAUGUCACCAGAGCACCAAAGAGAAAUCAUUCGUUAUAUAUACAAUCAUCAGAAUGAAGAUGGAGGUUGGGGGCUGCAUAUUGAGGGUCACAGCACAAUGUUUGGUUCAGCAUUGAGCUAUAUUACCUUGAGGUUAUUGGGAGAGGGACCUGAAGAUGGGGAAGACAUGGCUGUGGCUAGAGGUAGAAAAUGGAUACUUGACCAUGGUGGUUUAGUUGGCAUCCCGUCUUGGGGAAAGUUCUGGGUCACAGUAAUGGGAGUGUAUGAGUGGGCAGGCUGCAACCCUUUACCUCCAGAAUUCUGGCUUCUUCCCAGUAGUUUUCCUAUUCAUCCAGGCAAAAUGUUAUGCUAUUGUCGCUUGGUUUAUAUGCCAAUGUCAUAUUUAUAUGGAAAGAGGUACGUUGGUCCAAUCACUGAGUUAGUGAAACAACUAAGGGGGGAGCUCUACAAUGAACCGUAUCAUUUGAUAAACUGGAACAAAGCUCGAAACACUGUUGCAAAGGAGGAUCUCUACUAUCCACAUCCUCUUGUACAAGAUUUGACAUGGGGAUUCCUUUACCAUUUUGCUGAGCCACUUUUGAAUCGUUGGCCUUUCUCUAUGUUGAGAGACAAGGCAGUGAAAGUUGCAAUUGAGCAUGUGCAUUACGAAGAUAAGGCUAGUAGGUACCUCUGCAUUGGAUGUGUAGAAAAGGUGUUAUGUUUAAUUGCAUGUUGGGUUGAAGAUCCAAACUCAGAUGCAUACAAGCGGCAUUUAGCUAGAUUGCCAGAUUAUUAUUGGAUUGCAGAAGAUGGCUUGAAAAUGCAGACUUUUGGUUGCCAAACAUGGGAUGCAGUUUUUGCUAUUCAAGCAAUUAUGGCUGGCAAUCUGAAUGAUGAGUAUGGUCCAACUCUUCGCAAAGCACAUGACUUCAUAAAAGCUUCACAGGUUCGAGAAAACCCUACUGGAAAUUUCUCAGCUAUGUACCGACACAUGUCUAAAGGUGCUUGGACAUUCUCCAUGCAAGAUCAUGGCUGGCAAGUCUCUGAUUGCACUGCAGAAGGAUUAAAGUGUGCACUCUUGUUCUCACAAAUGUCACCAGACCUUGUUGGAGAAAAGAUGAAACAAGAAAACUUCUAUGAUGCUGUCAAUGUAAUUCUUUCUCUACAAAGUGCUAAUGGUGGCUUCCCAGCGUGGGAGCCUCAAAGAGCAUCCCGUUGGUUAGAGAAGUUUAAUCCUACAGAGUUCUUUGAAGACACUCUCAUAGAAAUGGAGUAUGUAGAAUGUACUUCUUCAGCAAUUCAAGGCCUCUCACUCUUUAGGAAAUUAUAUCCCAAGCAUCGGAGGACUGAGAUAGACCACAGCAUUGCAAGAGCUGCUCACUACCUUGAAGAGACACAAAAACCAGAUGGUUCAUGGUAUGGUUGUUGGGGAAUUUGCUACACCUAUGGAACAUGGUUUGCAGUAGAAGGGUUGGCUGCUUGUGGCAGAACCUAUCACAACAGUCUUACUAUGCGUAAAGCUUGUGAAUUUUUAUUAUCAAAGCAGCUACCAAAUGGAGGGUGGGGAGAGAGUUACCUUUCCAGCCAAGACAAGGUGUAUACAAACCUGGAAGGCGGUCGUGCAAACUUGGUUCAUACAGCCUGGGCUCUGUUAUCUCUCAUUGAUGCGGGACAGGCUGCAGUAGAUCCAACCCCCGUUCAUCGUGGUAUAAAGGUUCUAAUAAAUUCACAAAUGGAAGAUGGUGACUUCCCUCAACAGGAAAUUACAGGAGUGUUUAUGAGGAAUUGCACACUCAACUACUCAUCUUACCGAAACAUAUUUCCCAUAUGGGCGCUUGCUGAAUAUCGCCGCCGUGUUCUAUUUGCAUAAGUCUCUGAACCCUAAAAAAAAGGGAUGCACUAUAUAUGCACUUAAAUACCAAAGUGAUGAGAAUAAAUAUCUACAAAAUAAGCCUCUCUCACUGCUAGUUAAAGGAUGAAUAUGUAUAUACUUGUCUUCCCUACAAAUGCAGUUUCUUAUGAUAUAAUAAGCCAUGAUGUUGCAACAUAGCGAUCUAAAAUCCUAAUCAUACAUUAUGAUGCAUGUAGAAUUAUACAAUGUAAACUUUAAAGUCAAAACCUUGUAAAAGAAUAUGAGAUGAUGAAUUACAUAACAUGGGAUAUUCCUUCC